AUGACGACGGUCACGGACGUCCAGAACGACAUUCAGGCCAAGCACCGUGCCGACCACCUUUCCGGUGGUAAUAUUGCGUUUCCGCAUCCGUUCUCAACACCAGAGUCCACGCCAGUCGAGUGUGGCAACGCCCCAAAAGUUUUGUCACCGUCCCCGGAGCCUCGCGACAACUUACCCAGCAAGCAAACAGUUCUCGUUUCACAGGUUGCCACUCUGCUUUCAGCGUUGACUUCUAAGUAUUCUAACCAUCGCGUCAACAACAGCAAGCCGCACCUGGUUACGUAUCUCACGGCGGUCUUCAAGCGCUCCAAGUGUUCCAAAAAGAUCAUUUUGCUGUCCAUCUACUACUUCCACAAGCUGUACACCUACAAGCUGGACUCCAUCACCAAUCUGCCAGAGUUUUCGAGAUGUUCCAAACGCGUGUACCUGUGCUGCCUUAUCCUAGCCCACAAGUUCCUCACCGACCAAACAUUCUCUAUGGCGUCAUGGCAGCGUAUUAGUGGAUUGUCGCCCAAGGACAUCUCAGUGAUGGAGCGUUGGUCUUUGAAAAAGCUUGAGUACGAACUUUUCAUCAGCGAUACCCAUUUAAAUGCCUGGUGCAAGAGUACGCUAUACAGCGCAGUGGUUGAGGAAAGCAAUAUUUGCAAAAAAAGAUAUAGAGAUUUGGAGUUUGACUUGGAAAUGGAACCAAGCAAGAGAUUACAUACCACUGUAGUUGUAAAUUAG